AUGGUUAUGCUGGAUCAGGAAGAUCUGAAGAAGCUCAAAGAGGCCUACGAGUUCUGUGGUUCAUUUUUGCAUGAUCUCUUUUUCUGGAUUCUGCCUCCAGGUCGCUGUGACCUGGACAUAGAAAGUGGAAGUUUGAUCAUCAACAAUCUGACGUUGGAUGACAGCGGCAGCUACACCUUUGACAUCAACAACAGCGUUCUUGACAAAAAGAAUCUCCGGGUUAUCAAACCGGUUCCAAAACCCACGGUAUCCUUGGACUGCAACAAUGAGAAGACCGUCUGUAAUCUCACCUGUGAAGCCAACAUCACCUCUGAGUUUGGACCUGUCACUUAUACAUGGGAAACAGGAGACACAGAGCUGUCCAACGACAAGGAGCUGAGCUUAACAACGGACAAUAAGGAGAGCUCCUUCUCCUGUAUGUUGAGAAACCCCAUUAGCAUCAACUCCAGUGAAGAAGUAUCAAAGCCGGCGAGUGGGGAGAAUUUUAAAUAUACUGCUCUGACUGUAAAGCUCCUGAUUAUAGCACUGAUUCUGGUUGGGACUGGCCUUUUUGCUGCAUGCAAAAAACACGUGUCGCGUAUUGACUCACCUGCUGAAGAGUUGGAUCUGAAGCAGCUCACAUCUCCUCCGCUGCCAAUGGAGGACUAUGAAAACGAUGAAGAGAACUUCAUGGUCCAUCGUGACGAAGACCCUCCCUGGGCUCCACGCAAUUAUUUAGACAAAGUGGUGGCCGUUUACAGCUACAGCGGUAGCAAAGACGAUGAGCUCUCCUUCCAGCAGGGGGCGAUCAUCUACGUCACCGAAAUGAGCGACAACGGCUGGUUUGACGGCGUGAUGAACGGGAGCACCGGGCUCUUUCCUGGCAACCACGUGGCGUCCAUCAUUCACUAGGCAACUAAGCCUGAACAACAAUGCAUCUCCGUCGACUUUAAUAUC